AUGAAGUCGACUCUCGUAUCGUAUUCGCACGCCAUCGUCAUCCAAGGGCCAAGGCGAAACACCACCGCUCCAGCCAUCCCUGCCACUGCCUCCCGCGCCGCCGAAGGCCGAGCCCUCCUCGCCUCGCCGCCUCCCUUGACCACGCCCGCCGCCUCCCUCCAGCAGGACCACACACGCCGGACUCGACUUUGUCGUCGUCGCUCUCUUCCCCUCCUCUCGUCUCCUGUAAUGGCGUCGAGGGGAGGCCCCUCCGGCUUUGUCGAUUAUUUUCAUAACGGCACAAAGCGCCAUGACAGCAAUAAAGAGAACACAAGUCAGCAAGGCUCGAAUGCUAUCAGGGUGCAAAAAGAAAGGAAAACAGAAUGGGCAAGACCUGGAAGAGUUUUCAAUAGAAAUAUUACUAGAGGAGGUUACUCUCGAAGUUCAUUGCCUGGAGUCACACAGGAAUUUCGUGUCGUCAAAGAUAACAGAAUUAAACUGAAAGAAGUUAGUGAGACUUUGCCAGAAGCAUCUCAGAAUGGCGAUUCUAGCAAUGAAUGUGCUGUUUCAAAUGUUAGAGAUAAAAGCUCAACUGAAAAGCUAGCUGCCCAACACCGCUUGGUUACUUGCAAUGCUAAUGGGCAUGGAGCAACUCAUGCUGACAAUGGUAUCAAAAGUGCUACUCAAGCCCAUGAUAAGGAAGUCAAGCCUUCUAUUGUCCUAAAGUUGGAACAGUCUGAAGGGGGACAAGCAUCAUUGGUUGGUUCUCGUGCAGUUUCUGGAAAGGGCAACCAGAACACGGUGGACACUGCAGCAUCAGGGAAAAAUAAUUUUGGUGGUGAACUUUGCUGUUCUUCAUCAGAUCCAAUCCAUGUACCCUCUCCUGGUUCUAAAUUAGCUGGAACUUUUGGAGCCAUAAAGCGUGAAGUUGGAGUAGUUGGUGCUAGGCAAAGGCCAUCUAAUAGUGCAGCAACAAACACAUCUGCUUCUAAUGGCUUAGUCAAAGUGGUAUCAGCACCAAAGGUUAGCCCACAUCUGGAGUGGAAGCCCAAAUCAGUAAGCCCCAGCUCUAUCAGUCAUGGAGUUACUGCUGCACCUCCUGCUGCUCCAUCACCUGUUGAUGAUGGAAGUACAACAGAAGUGUCUGCUUUGUCUAAGAAGCUUUCACAUGCUAAUGUAUCACAUGAACAUGUUAUUAUACCGGAGCACAUCAGGAUACCAGAUUCCGAAAGAACUCAUUUCAUCUUUGGUUCUUUUGAAUCUGAAAUUGAUCCAAAGGCUUCUUUAGCAGCCUCUUAUGAUAUUGUGGCUAAAGAAGACUUGAAUGAUCACUCUCCUUCAAGCCUGGCAGCAUUGGAUUCCACAUCAACCGAUGGGACUCCUAAUGGUAGGAUGGAUAAUGUUGUUUCCUGCAGUCCACUUCCACAGUCAGAGUCUGCUGUUUCAGUUUCUGAACAUCAGCAGUCAUUGACGGAGUGUGUGGAGGUUCGGAGUCCUGGUGUUGUCGGUGAGUAUGGAACAAAUGAGAUGAUUUCAAGCAAGGUCACACAUUCUCAACCUCGACUCCAGCAUCAGGAAGCUACACAGAAUUUUAAGGCAUACGAGCCAGAUUCUGGUUAUGGGAUGUCAUUUAUUACUGAAGUUGUGGAUGGUGAAGCAACCCAAAGUAUGGCUUAUUCAUCUGAGGCCAUGGUUUUACAUUCUGUAAAUGCCUAUCAGUUACCUGCAUCUACAACAACUCAACAACCAGUGCCCCAGAUGUUUUCUCAACAAUUCCAAGUACCUCAGUAUCCAAACUUUUUGCCAUAUCGGCAUGUUUUCUCACCACAGUUUGGGUCUCCAAUGGUUGUCCCAAACUAUUCAAGCAACCCUGCAUUUCCUCAGUUGCCACAUGCCAGCAGCUAUCUGGUGAUGCCAAAUGGAGCCUCGCAACUAGCUGCCAAUGGCAUGAAAUAUGGAUCAAACCAUCAGUAUAAGCAAGUGUUUCAAGGAGCCCCUGCUGGAUAUGGCUAUGCAAAUCAUAAUGGUUACCCUGUCAGUAACGGUGUAAUUGGCGGCACAGGUGCUAUUGAGGAUACCAAUAUGAGUAAAUACAAGGACACCAGCCUCUAUGCACCCAAUCCACAGGUUGAAACAGCAGAUGUAUGGGUUCAAAGUCAUAGAGAGAGUCCCAAUAUGCCAUCUGCACCGUUCUACAAUAUGGUGGGACAACCAGUGUCCCCCCAUGCAGCAUACUUACCACCACACAGUGGCCACACCGCCUUCAAUCCCGCCCCUUCCCAUCCUGCUCACUUGCAGUACCCGGGCUUUGCGCAUGCACUGCACCCAACAUCAAUGACUAUGGUGCAGAACCCGCAGGCCAUGGUACAUCAGCUGGGUGCACCGCCAUUGGCAGGAAAUCUAGGCCUGGACAUGGCUGCCAUGGUUCCUGGUAGUCAAGUAGGAGCAUUUCAACAGAACCAGCUUGGCCAUCUUGGCUUGACCACCCAAUCCUUUUGA